GGUGUCAGCUCUGCGGGAGGAGAGAUCCAGUGUUACAGAAUGGGAGUUCCUGAGGCGCUGUGACUAAUCCCCCCCACCCCCGCAUAUUGGGGAAAUCCACCGGCGGGCAGAAAGCCAGAGGGAGAACUAAGGGGGGCCAAACCAAAGGAAAACGCAGGAGCCAAAGCCUCCAGAAACACAGGGAUCCGUGACGAGCCCGAGUCGGUGCUGGUGAAAUGACGGAGUACAAACUGGUGGUGGUUGGUGCUGGAGGCGUGGGGAAGAGCGCACUCACAAUCCAGCUCAUUCAGAACCAUUUUGUGGACGAGUAUGAUCCUACUAUUGAGGACUCGUAUAGGAAGCAGGUGGUGAUAGACGGGGAGACCUGCCUCCUAGAUAUCCUGGACACUGCGGGGCAAGAGGAAUACAGCGCUAUGAGGGAUCAGUACAUGCGCACGGGAGAAGGCUUUCUCUGUGUCUUUGCUAUUAACAACACAAAGUCCUUCGAGGACGUCCAUCAUUACAGGGAACAGAUUAACAGAGUUAAAGAUUCCGAUGACGUUCCCAUGGUGUUAGUUGGUAACAAAUGCGACCUCCCAUCCCGGACUGUGGACACAAAGCAAGCGCAGGAACUGGCAAAGAGCUACGGUAUUCCUUUUAUAGAGACCUCUGCCAAAACUAGACAGGGAGUCGAAGACGCCUUCUAUACCCUAGUCCGUGAAAUCCGCAAGCACAAGGAGAAGAUCAGCAACGGGAAAAAGAAAAAGUCCUCCAAAAGGAAGUGUGUCGUUCUUUAACGUGCCAACCUGCCCCCCCCGCCAUCCUCGUGGAUCAGAGAAAACCGUGCCAUCACACACCUGAAAGCAAGAGAAAAAAAAGUGUGGACUUUUGUCGUUGCUGUGGAAACCAUUGAAUUGCCAUGAAAUUUAAAAAAAAACCAAAACAUUGACCACUUAUUUUAACACAACCGAUAAAUGCACAGGCUGUGCCCCAAUCGUGUAUAUAUUCUUCACGAACAAACUGUUUUAUCAGAAAGACAGAUGCAAUAGCCCCUUCUUUUUACCCCAAUUAACCCUCCUCCUGGUUUGUAUUUCUCCCUGGAAAAGACGUUGGUCGACCCAGAGGGGAAGAACCUGCCCAGGCCUUUCUUACAGCCCCAUUUGAAUAAAGAUUGAAACACUCACCAGUAUUUUUCUGAGCCGUAUUAGGAAGGAAUGCUCGGAAUUGCGCAAGGGAAACAAUAGUAAUGGUUGUUGUGUGAAUUUGGGGAAACCUACUAGAAAUAAACCGUGAAACUCCCUGCA